GGCGGGCGGGCCAUGGCGGCGGGGCUGGAGGAGGCCUUCGGUGCGGCGGGGGAAUUCGGAGGCGCUCAGCGGCGUCUCACCGCCCUGCUGGUGCUGCUGCAGGUGUACGUGGCGUGUCAGUCCGUGCUCAUCGUGCUGGUUGGCGCGGUGCCCCAGUACCGCGUGGAGCGAGCAGCGGCUGCAGCCGGCGGGGCUCAGCGGGUCCGAUUCCUGAGCAACUUCACCUCCAUCGUGACCGAGUGGUAUCUAAUUGAACAAGAAGCCUACAAAGUGAGCCUUGCAUCAUCCCUGUUUUUUGUUGGAUUGCUUAUUGGAAAUAUUACAUUUGGCCCUUUGUCAGAUAAACUGGGCAGGAAACCAGUAUAUAUCUCAGGUCUAUUUUUUGAUAUCAUUUUUGGGUAUGUCACAGCAUUAGCUCCAAAUUAUGGCAUAUUUGCAGUUUCACGUUUUCUUGUUGGAAUUGUGAAUGGUGGAAUGGCUCUUGUGUCUUUUGUCCUGACACAAGAAUAUGUAGGAAAAUCAUUUUGGUCGUUUACAGGUUCGUUAACUAAUAUGACGUUUGCAGUCGGCAUAGCUGUGUUUGCUUUACUGGGUUACUAUGUAAGAGAGUGGCGCUACCUGGCAUUGGUAUCCAAUACUCUGGGAGUCAUUUUCUUCCUCCUUUCUUUUAUGCUUCCAGAGUCACCACGAUGGCUGUACUCCCAAGGGAAAACUGCAGAAGCUGAAGAUGUGAUGCAAUAUAUUGCCCUUGGUAAUGGGAAAGAAAGACUUAAUCUGAAAUUAAAACCAAGUGCGGGAGCUUUGCGGAAGGAUGAAUCGCCCCCUGGUAUCCUACACUUAAUAAAACACCCAGUGCUGCGGUGGCGAACCGUCGUACUCAUGUACAUCUGGUAUGUCUGCAGCUUUGUGUACUAUGGGCUAACUUUAAAUGCUGGUGAAUUAGGAGGAAAUCUUUAUUUAAAUGUUGCUCUUUAUGGUCUUGUGGAAGUUCCGGCCUUUCCACUCUGCAUGUUCUUUAUUGAGAAAUCUUGGUCUGGAAGGCGUAAAACUAUGAUGUGGUUUCUGGUAUUUGCAGGAUUUGCCUGUAUAUUUACCAUGUUCUUGCAAAAAAAUUCUGGUUUGUUCCUAAGUCCCACCUUGUUGGCUUUGUGUGGAAAAAUGAUGGUCAGCGCUGCUUUCAACAUUGCUUACAUCUAUACAUCUGAACUGUACCCAACAGUGCUGAGAAAUGCUGGCCUGGGGGUCUGUUCCAUGUCCUGCAGAUUUGGGGGCAUUUUGGCUCCAUUUGUGCCAACUAUGAAGUCUCUCAGUCCUUCUGUACCGUUCGUGGUGUUUGGAAUCAGUGGGCUGUCUGCAGGAUUCCUGACCCUCCUCCUCCCAGAAACACUAAAUAAGCCAAUUGCAGAGAGCGUUGAGGAGCUCCAGAAUCCCAAAUACGGAGUGCUUAAAAACGAGAAGGCAGAGCAAACCAGCUAGAAGAAAGCACCUGAGAUUCACAAGUUCUUUCUGUUGUGAAAAAUGAAGCCUCCAUUGAGAAGGUGCUGCAACAGCUUGAAGGACAGAGUCUGGUUGUUUGUAUCUGAGCGGGAGUGUUGGAGCACUCAUGUAUAACGCUAUUUGUAGCACACCGAACAGUUCUACAUGGAGGCCAGCUGAGAAGAUGGAAAAAGCCAAUCAAAGCUUGUGAGGGAAGAGGUGACAAAUCUGUGUGUUAAUGUAAAGAUGUGACAAAACCAUGUUUUGGAUGUUUGGACUUCUAUGUGACUUCUAAAAAUGAAGUAUUCAAUUAAUUCCUGUUACAGAAUAUAAUCGCUAGCUUCAGAUUAAGCUGUAAUGCUGCAAUUGAGCUGAGUCAGUGUAUGUGAUGUCCAAGUUAGAUGGCCUUACAUAUUCACCCAAGCUGCAUUUGUGGAAAGUACAUGUGCCCUGUAUAUGCUAAUUUUCUCUACAGAUUUAUUUGCCUUUAACUUACUGAAUACUUCACAGGGUGAAGAGACCAAGGAUUUUCAUGUGUUGUUGGCUUUGGUAUGUCCAGCUUGAAUAAGAGAGUAAAUUAAUUUCCUUGUGGGAAGAAUUUUUUGAUACAUUUGAGUGUGAAAAGACACUUGAAGUUACAAUAAUGCUGCAUGGGAAAAGCAAUAUCAAACCUUCAAGAGGAAGAAAAGGUACAUCUAAAGGAGAGGAUGAGUGCCUUUUAGUCGAAGGUUAUUUGGUUUAGCUGUACAUGUCGAACUGUCAUGAAUGCAUCAUAAAGUGCAUAAUAUGUGUAUUCCAAUAAAUUUCCCAUAUGGACUGGAUGUUCUUCCAGCACUCACAUGAUGCUCACGUAAAGGCAGAUUGUAUGUGCAUUUAUCUUCUGGGGCUGAAACUGGAUGGUAAACAACCUACAGAGUGGGCUGCAAACCUGUAUCUUCUGAUUGACUUAAUCAACGUUUUUGUGAUGUGAGGAUCAGAACUGAGUUUGUGAAAAUUGUUCCAAAUAAUAUUAAUGCCUUCUGUAGCAGUAGCAUCUAUAACCAUAGCAACUAAUUAUACUUCUUCAAAGGAUAAUUGGUACAGCAGGGAUAUGGUAAAAAAAAAAACAACAAAAAACAGCUUCUGUUACUGCUUUUUUAAUUACAAUAAAUAAAAUUUAUUAUGAAAUAGAACAAUAUCAAGUUGUAUUCCCAAGGCUGAAAAGAGACUGGAACAGGAGGAUCGUGAAGGAUCAUGUGGUAGGAAUCAUUCCUCCUCCCACCUUUGCCAUAUUAAAUGGAUCAGCCUAUACCAGAGCAUUUUUUUCUUGUCAUUUCUUUUGCAUCCUGUAUAAAAAGAAAAGAAAACAAAACCCCACCAACAACCAGGCAAUUAUGAUGGUUUGCAUUUUAAACAUGCUUAUUUCUGCUUUAUUUGACCCAGAAUUAAAGAUCUAUUUGCUCAAGGUAACUUGUGUGAAUGUGGUGGCUUGGUGACCAGAAAGCUGUGGGUCUCAAAAAGAAGUUAAUGAUCUUUCCAGCAGCUGUGGCAUGGUCUCACUUGUGUGUGAUACCUGCAGUUCUUGUGCAUAGGCAGCUGGGUGGUUCUUUGUCUCUAACAUUGGAAAGAGGAUAUGAAGGGAAACAUCAUUUCCCAUUUUUGCUUCUUAUCAGUUCAAUUUAAACAGCUGGUUUACUUUAUAUAUCUUCACCACAUUUUGCUAUCGCUGGAUAAAAAGAUGCUGUUGGCAUGGAGGAUGCUGUAGAGUGUUUUUUCCAUGUGUGUGUCUAAGAGCAGAGAAGUGUUUGUAUAAGUUUGUUAAAUGGAGUUUCAGUUGGACUAACAUGGUUAGUGCAUUAUGUCUUAUAGGGAACUAAAAAAAUCAACUGUUCCUUAUAAUUACUGUGUAUGUCAGAGCACAUCAGAAAAGGCAGCCUUUUUUUGUCAAAUAACCAUUUGGGUUUUUUAGUAUAUAUUUCUGCUUGAAGCUUCUUGCCUUGUAGAAACAAGUUCUUCAUUUACAACAACUUUUUUUCCCAUUAUUUCUAAUGAAGACAAAGCAGAUUUGGGGAGGAAUGCCCUAAUAAAUCCUUUACUCGGUAUGGGACUGUAAUCCACUGCUUUGUGUUUCUCUGUAAGAAGAAUAAAGGGAGCUGAGUUAAUUUAA